UUCUGUGAUCCGAAGCGACCAACUGGCUCCGAGUGAUUAGAAGGACAAACUGGGCCUGUAGCUGCUUUGCUUCCAUUACGUUCACGCACAAAGACGAUGGUGGGAACGUUGAUGAAUCGGAAUGGAGUCGAGCAGCGUGGUUUAAUUGUGCACCAUGAAUGACAGGUACCACAAGGCGGCCCGGGACGGCUACCUGGACCUGCUAAAGGAGGCAACUCGGAAGGAUCUCAAUGCACCGGAUGAGGAUGGCAUGACACCGACGUUAUGGGCCGCUUAUCACGGCAAUCUGGAAGCUCUGCGACUGAUCAUUGCGAGGGGGGGAAACCCAGACAAGUGUGACAUAUGGGGCAACACGCCACUCCACCUUGCAGCUGCUAAUGGUCACCUCAACUGCCUUUUCUUCCUGGUGUCUUUUGGUGCCAACAUAUGGUGCCUGGACAAUGACUACCACACGCCUUUGGACAUGGCUGCCACAAAGAAUCACAUGGAUUGUGUUCGCUACCUGGAUUCCAUUGCUGCCAAGCAGACGAGCCUUAAUCCCAAGCUGGUCAGCAAGCUGAAGGACCGGGCGUUUCAUGAUGCUGAGCGGCGAAUCAAAGAAUGCAUGAAGAUGCAGAAGAAGCACCACAAACGCAUGGAGAGAAAGUUUUACAAGGAAGUCUCUGAGAUGUCUGCAUCAGAUGUCAUGAGCUUUUCCAGCUACACAAGCAGCUCUCUUAGCCACAAGCUGCACAACUUUAACACAGCCACUGUCAGUGUGCCAUAUUCCCAGGCAACUCUCCAUGCCACAAGCCGAGGGAAGACGAAGAUCCAGAAGAAGCUGGAGAGGAAAAAACAAGGAGAUGGCACCUUUAAAAUCUACGAAGAUGGAAGGAAGAGUGUACGCUCCCUCUCUGGACUUCAGUUGGGUAAUGAUGUCAUGUUUGUCAAACAAGGGACUUAUGCCAACCCAAAGGACCGAGGCCGGCGCAAUGUUCGUGACAUGUUUCCCAGAGACAAUGACGAUGCCAUUUCACGUGCCAUCAGUGAGCCAGACCUGCACGGACCAGAUGUGGACUAUUCCGAGAUCAGCACCGACUCUGGACACGAUUCCCUUUUCAACCGACCCGGUCUUGGCACCAUGGUCUUUAGGAGGAACUAUGUGAGUGGAGGAAUGUUUGACCUCGGACAAGAUGCAGCCAGUUUGGCCCGGUCAGGCAAUAAUGUGCGUUUGUCCAGUCGGUUGCAGCAGCACCAGAGUCUAGACGAAGACAGCAUUGGCAGUGCAAGCAGCCUACAGGGGAGAAACUUGGAGGAGGUGCCUUGGGAAGAGGUUGAACUCGGGCUGGAUGAUGAUGAUGAGCCUGAUACGAGCCCUUUGGAGGUCUUCCUCGCCACUCAGAGCAUGAGCGAGUUUUUCUCUGUCUUCAAGAGGGAGAAGAUCGACCUUGCAGCGCUGCUGCUGUGCUCUGAUCAUGACUUUAAGAGUAUCCAUAUUCCCCUAGGACCAAGGAAAAAGAUCUUAGAUGCCUGUAAGAGGCGGCGAGAGACAUUAGAGGAGCCUGACUGCAUCGAGGACACCGAAUUAUAAUAAAAGAUGUGGAGCACCGUCCUGCUGUGUGCUCAUCAAGAGUUAAAGGUCAGUGGAGCAUUGUGAAGUGAACGUCACGUGCGGGUUGGAUGUCAAGAUGAGUAUGUCAAGCAUGAGAUAAAUCCUUAAUGGGAUUCCUUUACAGUUUCUUUUUAGCUCAGGAUGAUCACCAAAAAUGUCUCUGUUUGGUUGCUUGGUGUUACCUGCGCUGCAUGGUUUCACAAACUGAAAGACAUUUAUCUGAGUGCAGCACUGUGUGCUGUCAUUGUGUGCCAUUUGGCAGAGUUAACAGAGACAUGAUUGUGGGGGUCUGUGUCCCCUGAACAUGUAUUCCUCUGUGGGGUAAAACUGCAUCUCGUGUGCCUGCAUUGCCUGUGCCUGUGCAUUAAAAGUGUAAUACAUGGGUAUGAAUUCAACAGCCUUUUAAACACAUUCACAUUUACUUGUGUUCUUGUAUUUUGUCUCUGUAUUUGUUUUCAAACAGGAAGCCACAUCAGGCCUAGAGUAGGUUACUGGUAAUGAAGGCCAAUUCUGUUGUUGUGAUUACUGUUCUGACUUACUGUAAAAUCUAAUACCACAGUAUUUUUAAACAAUUGUAUACUACACAAUGUAGCAUUUCACAGUGGAAUUAGACUAAAGCAGGAUCUUGAAAAUGUUUUAUUUUUUAUUUUUUUGUAUUUGUUUUUACCCUGACUAUUUUUAAUAACCUCUGCACAGUAGCAUGUUAAUGUUCACUCUCUUAACUUUUGU